AUGUAUGAUCUUGUGCAUGAUCUUGCAAACGAAGUAUCCAAGUGUGAGAGCUGGACAUCAGACUUCAAUCAUGAGAUGGAUGAUCAUGAGAUUCGACAUGUUGCACGGAUUCCUACUGCAAUACUAGAAAAGAUGCCAAAAUCAAGUAUAUCAAGACUGCGCUCAUUCUUUUCAAAUAUCGGGGAGGUCUCUAAUACCAUUUUUCCAAAAUUUAGAGCUUUAUGUGUCUUAAGUUUUUGUGAGACUGAGAAUCAGGAGUUGCCAUAUUCACUUAGCAGGCUGAAGCACUUGAGAAAUCUAGAUCUUUCUGAUACAAAAAUCAAAGCACUCCCAGAGUCUAUUGGCAAGCUCUAUAACCUCCAAACAUUGAGAUUACCUUGGAAUCUUAAAAAGUGUCCAAAGGUGAUUCAAAAUUUGAUCAACUUGAGGCAUUUUUACUUUGGUGAGGAAAUGAAAUUUGAGGCUGGGAUUUUGGGGCGAUUAACUAAUCUCCGAAGAUUGCCUUUCUUUAAUGUGGGUGAGGAGAGAGGUCCUGCAAUUAAGGAGUUAGGUGGGUUGAACCAAUUGAGAGGCCACUUAAUUAUUAUUGGGCUAGAACAUGUAAGGGAUGGAGAAGAAGCAAAGAAGGCUCGCUUGGUGCAGAAGAGUCACUUAAGUCGGUUAACAUUUGUAUGGACAGACAAUGAGGUACCUAAUAAUGAAAACCAGACGGAUGUACUAGAUGGCUUGGAACCUCAUGCUAACUUGCUAAGCUUGACUAUUGGAAAUUUCAUGGGUGCUAGAUUUCCUCCAUGGAUAUCAGCUGAAGGAGAGGUCGUGGUAUUUCCUUGCCUCGAACAGUUGAGGAUAGAUGGUUGUCCCAGCCUAGAGUCGAUUCGGAUCACACAGGGCAUCGCAUCUCUCCGUCAAUUGAAGAUCAGCUAUUGUGAGGCAUUAUCAAGCCUAGAGGUUGGGCUCGAUUACUGCACCUCUCUUCAGGAGUUGAGUAUAGCGGGUUGCCCUAAUCUGGUUUCAAUUCCAACCGCACGGGGCAUGCCGUUUCUCCGGAAAUUGAAUCUCGUAGAGUGUAAAGGAUUGUCAAGCCUGGGAAGUGGGCUCAACUACUGCACCUCUCUUCAGGAAUUGGAGAUUAAGAUUUGUGAUAAUCUAACAUCAAUUCCAAUCACACAGGGCAUCACAUCUCUCCGAAGGUUGACGAUUCUUUGUUGUGAGAGAUUAUUAAGCCUACCGAGUGGGCUCCAAUUCUGCACCUCUCUUGAGUAUCUCUAUAUAAAGGAUUGCUCUAGUCUAGUAUCGAUUUCAGUAUCACAUGUGAAGUGCGACCACCCGGACUCAACUAAUCAACCAGAGGAAAUUUCUCAAGGUGUUGAUGCGUGUUUGUCUUUACAGGAGGAGGAUUGCCAUACUGUAAAAUCUAUUCCACCUAAUCUUCGUCAGUUGUUGAUAUGUCAUUGUGGCAAAUUAAAAUAUGUACCCACAGGAGGAUUUCACCGCCUCAUUCGUUUGAAGGAGCUGACAAUUGGUCCGUUCUGGCAUAAGCUGGAAGCCUUCCCUGAUUUUCAGCUUCCACCUAAUUCACAACUUGAAGAGUUAUGGUUGUUUGGGUGGCCUAAGCUCAAGUCUCUGCCCCAACAAAUUCAACACUUUACUUGUUUAAAAGAACUCCACAUAUCAUUUUUUAAGGGACUAGAGGCUCUUCCUGAGUGGUUGGGAACUCUUACAUCUCUUGAGGCUCUGAGGAUCUGGCAUUGUGAGAAUCUCAAGUAUCUACCUACACAAAAUGCUAUGAAAAACCUCACCAAAUUGGAGCACCUCGUUGCUGUAGGAUGUCCCCUGCUCAAAGAAAGAUGCAACAAGGAGACUGGCCCAGAAUGGCCCAAGAUUUCUUACAUUCCAAAAGUUUACAUGGGAUGA